CGGCUGAAAUUUGUGUCCUUUGACUAAUUUUCGCCGAUCGUGAUUGAAUGAUAUUGGAGAAUCAUGUAUUUUCAUUUCCCAAGAAUUAGAGUCGCUAGGAAUAAUUUUAUAAGGUUACUUUGCUCUGCGCCAAGAAUCGGAGACAAUUUCUUUGACGAAACUGAGGUACGAGAGAAAUUUAGAGUGCUCGGGACCGGUGAUGUGACUCUAUCCAAGCUAACAGGGAAUAACAAAGGAGUUGCAGUGAUAUCUCUUACCAAUCCUACAAGAAAAAAUGCACUUACAGGGUACAUGAUGGUUAGACUUGCAGAAGUAGUUGACGAGCUGGAGCAAUGGCAGCAUGGAAAAGCUGUUGUUUUGCAUGGCAGUGAAGGGUCUUUUUGUUCAGGGGCUGAUUUGAGUGUAAUAAAAGCGAUCAAUACCCCAGAAGAAGGACAAUUAAUGUGUGCUUUUAUGCAAAGAACUCUGAGUCGCCUGGGAAGGCUUCCUCUUGUCAGCGUGGCAGCUAUUGGAGGAAGAGCGUUUGGUGGAGGAGCUGAGUUAUCAUUAGCAUGUGACUUCAGACUCAUGUCACAGGAUGCAGAGAUCAGGUUUGUUCAGGUUAAGAUGGGUUUGUCACCAGGGUGGGGUGGUGGUGCAAGGCUUGUCAGGUUACUAGGGAAACAGAAAGCACUGCAGCUACUGGGAAGAGGAGAAAAGGUUACCCUACCACAUGCACUUCAACUGGGACUGGUUGAUGGUGAGCUACCAAAUACAAAGGAUGUGGUUACUGGAAGUUGCAACUGGUUGUCAGAGUUCCUAGCAGCAGACACUUCAGUUCUGAGAGCAAUUAAGAAUGUUGUAUCAAUAGGAGACAACUCAAGGCUUAAAGAUGAACUGGACAUUGAGAGAUCAAUUUUUUCAACAUUAUUUGGAGCAGAAGCUAAUAGGAAAGCUUUGGAAAAUUCAAGAAAACACAAAUAGCAUAAUGUUUUGUAAAUGAAGUAAUUUAAAUCCAAUGAAAUUGUUAUCAAAAGUAGUUUUAUUUCAAAGGUGUGUUCGUCCCUUCACUUUGAAGAGUGAGAGAGAGAUAAAGAGUGUAUGUAACUCAAGCAUAUACAUCAGAAGCUUUUGUUCUGAUUAAUGUCCAAACAUGUCAGACUUCCUGCAAAACCUCCAUGCGUAUCACUAAAAAUGUACACAUCAGUAAGUUCUAUAAAAUUAAAAAUACACAUACCAUAAUGUUACUAUAAUUAUAAUAUACCGGUACGUAAAAUUAAAUUGAACUAUAAGGUGAGCAACUGAUUUAGACAAAUGUUUGUAUUUUGAAGCCUUUUAUUUGUCCUCUUACAAACUUAGGUCAAAAUAACUUCUUCCAAUUUGCAAAAAGAAUGUAUUUAUUUUACAGGAUUAAAAUAACCAUAGCUGUAACACCUUUGAUGCCUCCAUUGUAGUUUACCAAUAUGUUCAUGUAUCUCAUAUGAGUCUAACUGGAUGAUUCCCAGUUGUCAUUGAAAAUAAAAAAAAUCUGUGGAUGUCUA